UACUGUAUAUACGUGUACAUCGGGUGCCACUUACAACCUCAGCUUGUAGCGAUCAGUGUGGCCCUCGAGACACGGAAACGGAACACGACGGGAAGAGGUGUUGCGAUUCCUUUUCUUCCUUUCCAGAAGGCCCCAAUAGAACAAACACCCCGGCAGAGGUGCCUGUAGUGGGUGUGCAGUGCUGCCGUCGAUGUCGUAUCGGUAAUGCCCAUCAGCUAUAACUCGGAGCUGCGGAGACCAUACUACGCUGGACACAAGAGCAGCUAUCUCGAUAUCAUCCCAGAGGACGAACUGGAAGCAUACGCACGGCUUGAGGACAUCGACGCGGCUACGAAAAGAACCACAACACAUACUACCCAUAUGGCUAGCGCAGACAUGACACAAGAGACGGACGAGAUGGCGGCGGCGAAGAUGGCUGAUCUCAGGCCUCCGACCGAAGAGGCGCACGGGCGGUCAAGCAGCGACUCGAUGCGUCCACAGAUGGAGGACUAUUUGACUGCUGGAGGUGGCUCGGCUAGUGGCGCGAGCACUCCGGGUACUCCUGGAUUGUCGCGCACGAGCAGCUCAGACAAUGUGUACGCCAGCUUCGAUUUCGACAAGGAGUUUCCCAGCGUCGAUAGGCUAAGUAUGUUCGAUAUCCUGGAGAAUCUGGCGCUGCCUCAGCGAUUGGAACGCAUGCAAAAUGCCAUUCACGACAAUGCGGAGAAGUUACGCAGGCAGAGGCAGAAGCUUGCGCAGCGAGCACUGUCUAGCAAAAAUGUUGUUGUAGACGAAUGGCGAAAGAGAAUACCCAAGUCAGACGACCAGUUGGACAGGUAUCGGAGGCGUAUGAAGGCGUCUGUCGAGCGGCUGAACAAGAGAUGGCACGACAACAAGACUGUCAGCAUGCUGGAGAAGGUGUCCUUCGUCACCGCUGUGCUCAACAUUUUCAUAUCUGGAUACCUGAUAGGCGCAAUGCCGGAGUAUUUCCACUACUGGUACACGGCACAACUUUUCUACUUCAUGCCCAUCCGAUGGUACAAAUACCACAAGAUCGGUUUUCAUUACUUCCUGGCGGAUCUCUGCUAUUUCGUCAACAUGCUCUUGGUGCUUUCAAUCUGGUUCUUUCCGCAGUCGAAACGCCUCUUCAUUAGUACGUUCUGUCUUGCUUUUGGCAACAACGCUGUAGCGAUUGCCAUGUGGAGAAAUAGCCUCGUGUUUCACAGUCUGGACAAAGUGACUUCAUUAUUCAUUCACAUCAUGCCAUGUGUAUGUCUCCAUGUUCUUGUCCACUGCCUCCCCAAGGAAAUGCAACUCGAAAAAUUCCCAGCAGUUCACACGAUCAAAUACUCGACUCCCGACGCCCCCGAACACUACAGUCUCAAAGACAUGAUCAUUUGGGCUACACUCCCUUACGCGAUCUGGCAACUCUCCUACCACUUCCUGAUCACAGUCCGCAAACGCGCGAAGAUCGCUGCUGGCCGCCCCACCUCCUUCACCUGGCUCCGUCGAUCUUAUCGCGGCAAUGUGCUCGGGAAAUUCGUACUUUCCUUUCCAGAGUCUUUCCAAGAGACUAUCUUCAUGUUCAUCCAGUACAGUUAUGCUCUCUUGACUAUGCUGCCAUGUCCUUUCUGGUUCUGGUAUCGUUGGGCGAGUGCAGGCUUCAUGAUGCUGGUCUUCAGCUGGGCAAGCUGGAACGGGGCUAAUUACUACAUCGAAGUGUUCGGCAAGAGGAUGGAGAAAGAACUAGAUCAGCUCAGGAAAGAAGUUGCCCGGAUGUCAAAGUCACCAGAUCUCACGGGCCAAGACGGGUUGACAUUCAGUCCGCUCGCUAGUCCUACAGGCCCUACAGGUGCCAGCCAGGCUGAAGAUGGGGCUGGUGAAGGAGUCUCGAGUGCGUUGGACCUGGGGCCUCCUGCAGACGCGCAGGGCUACAAUAGUUCAAAGACAGAGCUUGAUGAUGGAUCUGGCCUUCAUAAGAGAAAUGACAGUGUAGAUGCCAUUCCUAUGCUGGAAGGAAGCGAGCAAAAGAAGGAUCUGUAGCAUCUAGCUAACGAACAGAUUGCACACAGCGAUGGCAGACCGGGUGUCACAUUAUAAUGGCUUUCUGCGGGAAUUAUAGACCGAUGAUAGAUCUGAUACCGAUUGAUUUGGCGCCUGAAGCUGGCAGUGCGAUGCUAUUGGGAUAGGUAUGACCAAAUUACACGAUAAUAAUGCACAUUCUUGAGCCAAAGCGUUGCAACCGUUAUCUGGCUUGCAUAGCAGGCUACCUAUAGGAAUUAUUGAAUGCA